CUGUGGCUUGUUUAUUUUUUUGAUUGAUGAUUUGAUUUGAUGAUUAUUGUUUAUUUUAUUAGUGUUUUGCUUUUGAUGUGACGGUGUAUGACGAGUUUGUGGUAUUUGUAAUGAAAUAGUAAUUCUAAUAAGUAUUAAAAAAAUAUUUCAAAAAAAACAUUCUGAAAAUGCAAAGUGCAACAGACAUGAUAACGUCGUUGUUUUGGUUCAACAAAGAGGAUGCUUGCUCUGAAGAAGAAAAUGAUUCUCAGAAUAUAAUUGAGCAGUUUGUGCAGAAUGUAGAAGAUUUUAGUUCUCAGUAUGGAAGCGAAAUAAGUGUGUCCUAUACUGCACUUAAUUUACGUGGCCCGCCUUCCAAUUUUCCAGAUUAUGGAGAUUAUCCUCAGGCCUUUGUUAUGAGAACCUAUGGUACCUGGUGGGAUGAGGCGCCAUCUGUGCAGAAGGACUAUAUGCCACAGAAUAGCAGUGCAAUACCAAGUCAGGAUUUUGUGGAAGUGUCGUUUGAGAGAGCAGUAUAUCCAUUAGAAGUUGCUGUAUUUGAAACAUACAACCCUGGUGCCUUGAUCAGGAUAUGGGCUUUGGGACCCACAUCAUGGAAUCUGUUAUGGGAGGGAGAACCGGAAUAUGCUGGUGACACACCGAGGGUAUUUAGCCCACCUAUUAAGCAAAUAAAGUUUCCUACCAGGAUCUUGAGGCUCGAGUUCAACCAUAGACUACUGCCAUAUUACACAGAGCUAGACGCAGUCCUGUUAAGGGGGAGAGAACCAGCAAAUUUACCGAAAAUGAAGAACAAUUUUGCAUAUUCAACUCUUUUUUACACAAAGAAACCUCGAGUUGAGAAAGGGUUGCUUCUCAACAAAGUUUUAGCGUCCAACCUGCACGAGGGAAUCGGCAACCCUGCCGUGUUGAUGCAACCAGAUAACCUCGCUGCUGGACCUCCUCUAGGUGAUUUUCAAAGGUUGCCGGAUGAAACCAUUCUAUCCGUGAUGAAAUUUUUAGAUAUGCAGUCACUAUGUCGCUGCGCUCAAGUGAACCGACACUUCAGAAGGUUGGCUUCUGACGCUAUCCUCUACAGAAGUAUAGAUCUCCGACCGUAUUGGCAUUGCGUGAGGUCGCAGGUGUUAGCAACGUUGUCGAUUCGAUGCAAAUUCCUACAGAAGCUCGAUCUGUCGUGGUGUGGCAGUCAUUGUAUGAUUCAACCGCAGUAUGUUGUCAAUUUCCUGCAGAACAGUGGCGUUGAACUGACACACCUAAGGAUGAAUUGCUGCAAAUUUGUAGACAAUUCCGUGCUAAGAGCCAUAGUUGACACCUCGUCCAAUUUACAAGAACUAUGUCUCCGCUCAGUAGUGAGUUGCUCGGAAUGGUCCUACCUAGCCUCGCUCAGUCGGCUCAAGCGGCUGGAUAUCUAUCGGACUCACAUCUCCACGUCUGCGGCGGUGGCUAUCAUCUGGUCCAACCCUGGCUUACAGCAUCUCAAUGUUGGCUCAUGUAAAAUGAUAUCAGCAAUGGACGAGGUGGCUCUAGCACUCGGCGCCAAUUGUGCAGAUCUAAAAUCUGUGGACUUCUGGAAGUCGUACUCCUUGACCGCGGUCGGCAUCAGAGCGUUGGGCAACUGCAGGAACCUUCAGGAGUUGGAUGUUGGAUGGUGCCUGCAAGCGGGCGGGUCGGGGGAGUGGCUGGCGGCGCUCUCUGGCGGCGACAUCCGCAAGUUGUUCCUGGGCGCUCUGCGGGGCGUGUGCGACCGGGACCUGCGCGGGCUGCUGCCCAAGAUGCCGCGCCUGGCGCAGCUAGACCUGCUCGGAGUGAGGGCCGUCACGUCUGACAUAUGCUCCGACAUACUAGCGGAAUGUCAAGAACUCAGAUUGCUGGAUGUCAGUUUCUGCGAUCAGAUACAAGAAUCUCAGGUAUUGGAAUGGAGGAAGCAAUAUCCACACGUCAGUAUCAAGAGGUCCUUCCAAGCGGCCAAUCUCAACGCAGCGCCAUACGCUUUGUUCCUAGCGCCGAGCUUUGAGUAAAUGUGUUCGGCCGUGACUGGAUACCUACUGGCAGGUUUAUCGCUAUCCGAUUUACGUUACGGUACCUAUCAUUAAUUGACACAUCACGCGACGUCGCGUGAAGCAGAAUGUAUAAUAAGCGGCCUGUAAGUUGAACUAUAUAUAGCGUAUUUUUUAUAGUGCUAACAUGCGACCAACGAGAUAUUUCGUGAAAAGAAAUAGACAAAUUUCAACCGGUCGCGGUGCAACCGAAAAUACCGCUAUCUCUUUGAUG